GUGGGUUGAUUCCUCUUUGACGCCCACACCAGGUUACAUAGCCUGUCUCAGUGGUACGAGUUGGGCUGCACAACAGCGAAUCAUCAUCAUCAUCAUCAUCAGCCUCGCCAUCCAACACCAGUCGUCUCACAUGGCUUGAACCGGCCCAUCGAGAACACGACACGAUAUUCCAAAGAAUCAACUAGUAUCAUUUACACUAGUAUAUCUAAUUCAUCGGCAUCUGUAGAAAACUCAGAAAAGGAAGUGCGAGCCGAGCCCGGUCCCUCCGACUACCGGGUCCCCAUCACAAACCCAAAUCUACCGGAUGAAACAUCAGCUUGGCUUGUUGAGCCAGCUAUAAUAACCAUGGAUCUCGCGUACGACCACAUUGUCGAGCAGUCUAUGCCGAAGGAUGAGGGCACCUCGAGCAACAACGGUCAAUCAUCGAACCGCAGGCCCGAGUCGACUCUCAAUGAAGAUCUUCAGGAGGCAUACCGUGCUUUCUCCAGCAGCAGCUGGGGUAGUUGGCUUGGGGGCACUGUGGAGAAGGUAGUCAAGCAGGGCGAGUCUGUAUACCGAGAAGCGAGCCAGGAAGUCACAUCUCUCGGUGCCGAUGCCUCGAGGAGCUUCGCAUCUCUGCGAGCCCGUGCCCUCUCGCUGACAACAGCACUACCCCCGGCACCAAUUAUAACGCAAGGGACGGAACAAAGUGGCGACAAGGACAAGGAUUCCGAGAAGACACCGACAACAUCGAGAGCACCCGGUUCUUCAUCCGAAGACGCCCCGGCAACCAAGGAUUCCGAGACGGUCAUGUCCCGCCUGCGGAGCGAAGCUGCAAAUCGCCUGAAGGACAUUCAACGGGCCGAGGACGCGGCCGAUGAGGCACUCCUAAAAUUCGGCACUAACAUUCGCGAUUUCUUCCGAGAUGCCAUCGUCGUGCGGGCCGCCCCUGCGGGUGCCGAGGGAACGGGCAAUCGCUUCGAGAGCAAAGACGACUCGGGAAAACGUGUGAUCCACAGUUCACGAUACGAUGCACAGCUUCACGUUUUGCACACAACAGAGAAGAGCUUUACUGAGGACCCUGCUACGGCAGAGUUCGAAACGUGGACCAAGACUUUCGACGCCGACGCAAAGACAGAUAGUAUUAGUGCCGACCUUGCUAAAUACCCCGAGCUACGGGCCAAUAUGGAGAAGCUUGUUCCGGAUCGGGUGCCCUAUGCCGAUUUCUGGAAGCGUUACUAUUUCCUAAGACACAGUAUAGAGACGGCCGAUGCUCGUCGUCGCGAUUUACUGAAAGCCGCAUCUGCGGAAGAAGAAAUUGGAUGGGGUGAUGAGGAGUCUGACGAAGAGUCUGAAGAGGGAUCCGAGGAAUCGUCAGAAGAGGAGGAAGAGGAGGACGAGACGCCUUCUAGCAAGCAACCUGCCAGCAAACCACCUGCUAGUAAACCCACACCCGCAACACCCGCAGACAAGAUCCCCCGGCCCGGUUCGGCCGAGUCCUCAACAACCAUCCACCCGCCCACCACCUCCAAAUCGACACAACUGAAGCCAUCUGAACCCCGUAAGUCUAACGAUGAGAAGUCACAGGCCGACAGCGACACUAGCUAUGAUGUAGUGGGCGCUGCUUCUGGCAACCCUAGCCAGGCUCCCAGUCAGGCACCAAACAGUCCCAAGAACUCCCGCAAGGUUGAGGAAAGCGACGACGAUGACGAUGACGACGAUAGUGAGGAGGAGGACAGCAGCGAUGAGGAAUGGGAGUAAACCUGGCGCGGUGCUUCCUUUACAGAAUGUAGGUACGUGUGAAAGGGAGUAGUGUCGAGCGUAAUAUUUGGUUUCGAUGGAUUGCGGCUGGCGUCUCUUGGUUGUCCUUUGAUGUUUGGAUUGGGUAGGGGGCUGUUUAUGAU